AUGACAACAAAUAGAAAGGAAAAUAAACAAUCCAUUACUUCAACAAAGGACAUACGGAAGGUACUCAAAUUUUAUGAUGAAGCAACUUGGAAACGAUUUUCUGGCAGACGCUAUCAACUAAUUGAUACCUUUGGGUUAAAAGAUGAGAUAGCAAGUGAACAAGAUGGUAAAAUAUCGCAAGUAGCUAAUAUUUUGAGAACUGAGUUUAGUUAUCCACUAUCUACCACUGAAUAUUUUGAAAGGUUAGUUAUGGCAGCAAUUCAAUGUGUAAGACGUAAUAUGAAGAGGUCACUGAAGAGACAAGUUAACAAAAUAUCAAAACAAGCGAGCCAUAGUAUUUCAAAAUCAACUAGAGUAUCAGUUCGUCGUAUAAUACAGACUCAAAAUAAUAUCAAUAAGGUUGAAGAAAAGGGUAAUGUUCCAAAGAAAGAGAUUGUUGAACAAGUUGGAACUUUGAAUAAUGACGAAGACGAUUUAUUUGUCAUAAGUAACGUACUGUCCGAUGAUCCUAGCGUAGAUGUACCAUCUAAAAAGACUGAGAUAAAGGAAUCUCCCGAGGUAUAUGACAUUGAAUAUGAUUCUAUCAUUAAAUCUGUAUUAUCAGAUAUUAUUAAUGAAACUGUACCAUUUUCGGAACAAGAAUCUAACGCAUCACAUAAAGAACCAGAUUUAUCUAAUUUUCUGACCAAUUGUGAAAGGGAUAUGGAAUCUCUAAUUGCUACAAAAACUAAAUCAGAAAUCCCAUUCUCCUUGAAAGAAAAACUUUUGCAUAGUAUUGAGAAGUCUAAGACUUGUUCUGCUAUUGCGAAAUCACAUAAUUCUCUCAACAAGUUCAAUAUUCUGUGUAAUCUAGGAAAAUCUUCGUACAACACAGCGUUAAAUUUUAUUAUUGAGAAAUUUACCCAAAACCAGGUAGACACAUUGGAAAUUUUAUAUGAUAAAGCAAGCACAGAUCGCUUUAUAUCUGAUUUAUCACGCCAACUCUUUAGCACAGCAACCAAAAUUAAUCUUUCCGUAUCACUCUCAGAUAUCGCUCUAAUUAGAUUGUUCGUCAUUACGGUGGGAGCAUUGAUUAAGGAUUUUGGGUUUGAUCCGAUACUCUACCCGCUUAGUGAAAUGAUUAUGCAACAUAUUAUGAUAAACUAUCCACUCAAUAAACCUAAAUCAACAGUAACUUCACGUUCACAAAGGAUAUCAAAUAAUCAGCAUACUAUCCUGAUGACCCUGCCUAUUGACCCUCAAUUGGCGAAUAAAGAAGUAUAUAGAACUGUUACAAUAAAGUAUGGACCUAAAGAACAAGAUUUUAGAUUUCCUUUGCUAAGUAAUGGGCCACCCACAAUACAAGAAAUCUUAAAAAAUUGUCGAAUAUUAUUUAAUAUAAGUCAAUUGAAUAAGACAUCAUUCGCCCUAUUUAAUGAGAAUGGGUUAAUAUCCGAUGAUGAUCAUCUAUCUCACUUAUUUAGUGAGAUACAAUCAGGAAGUCUAACUUUAGUUAUAAAGCCUACAGAUCAAGUCUAG